AUGGCGGAUGAUAAGCACGUGCUGUCGAUUCAGUCCCAUGUGACCCACGGGUAUGUGGGCAACAAGGCCGCUACGUUUCCGCUGCAGCUCCACGGCUUCGACGUCGAUGCCAUCAACACGGUGAGCCUGUCGAACCACAGCGGCUAUCCAGUCAUCAAGGGCCAUCGCAUGGAUCUCGAGGAGUUCACCACUAUCAUGGAAGGCCUGCGCGCCAACGGCUUCUUGAGUGACUACGCGUAUGUGCUGACCGGGUACAUCAACAACAAAGACAUCGUCCGCCAAGUGGCGGCGACCGUCACCGAGAUUCGAGAGGCGCGUCGGAAGCAGGGUAAGAAGGAUGUUGUAUUCUUCUGUGACCCCGUGAUGGGUGACGACGGGAGACUGUACUGCAAGGAGGAGGUGGUGGAAGCGUACAGGGAGCUGCUCACACAUGCGGACGUUGCAACGCCGAACUACUUCGAGGCGUCGAUCCUGAGCACCGUGGAGGUGAAGGAUCUCGCGUCAGCGAUUGAGGCCGCUAACUGGUUUCACGCGCGGGGCACGCCUACCGUGGUGAUUAAGUCCUUCGCAAUGGCCGACGACCCGGCGCACCUCCGCUUUUUGCUCUCUUGCCGCGACAAGACGACCGGGUCGACGAAGCGCUACACGGGGGUGGUGCCGUACCACGAGGGGCGCUACACAGGGACGGGUGACGUCUUUGCAGCCUCGCUGGUGGCCUUUGCGCACAGCGACCCCAUGGAUUUGGCACUCGGCAAGGCCAUGGGGGUGCUGCAGGAUCUUAUCAAGGCCACUAUCGAGCGUGGCGGCUCCGGGAAAGCGACGCUGAACUCGCGUGAGCUGCGGGUGACGAGCUACCCGGACCGGCUGCAGCAUCCGUCCUCCGUGGCCCUGGUGACACCGUUGCCGUGA